AUGUCUUCCGAAUACACCUCGUCCACCUUCCGACCCUUGCUAAACAGGCUGGUGCAAACCCCCGAAUAUUUCACGCCUGAUGACCUCAAACUAUCCCUCAACCACCUCUUCACACCCGACACCCUCCUCCCCGCCCAGAUCGGCGCCUUCCUCACGGCGCUGCACAUCCAUCGCGUGGAGAGGCGGCCCGAGUCGCUCGUAGCUGCUGCUGAGGUUCUGAGAGAACGGGCACUUAAAGCGGCUGUUCAGGAUACGGAAGGCGAUUUUGUGGUGGAUAUCGUCGGCACUGGUGGGGAUGGACAUAAUUUAUUCAAUGUGAGCACGACGGCGGCAGUCGUUGCAGCUGGCGCUGGUGCGCGUGUUAUCAAGCACGGCAGCAAAGCCUCAACCUCCUCCUCCGGCUCCGCCGACCUCCUCCAAUCCCUCUCCUGCCUCUUCACAGCCCCAACACCAGGCACACCCAUGCCCAUCGACCGCGUCCCCUUCACAUUCAUCCUCGCACCGCACUACCACCCCGCCAUGGCCUCCAUCGCGCCCUACCGCAAAGCCCUCCCCUUCCGCACGAUGUUCAACGUCCUCGGGCCCCUCAUCAACCCCGCCCGUCCGCGCGGGAUGGUGUUGGGCGUAGCGGAACCCGAACUGGGCGCGACGUUCGCUACGUCCCUACGGGAGGGCGGCGUCGAGCGCGGGUUGGUGGUGUGUGGGUUCGAGAGGCUCGAUGAGAUCAGCUGUGCGGGGAAGACGCACGCGUGGCAGUUGAAGGAGGAUGGGAGCAUCACGCAGACGACGUUGGCGCCUGAAGAUUUUGGGUUGCCUUCCCAUCCGUUGGCUACGGUGGCGGGUGGGACACCGGAUGAGAAUGCGGAGGUGUUCAGGACGCUGUUGACGUCUGGAGAAGACAUCCCGGAGAAGUUGAUACCGGUGUUGGACUUUGUGUUGAUGAAUGCGUCUGCGUUGUUGGUGGUUGCUGGGAUUGCCGAGGACUAUGUUCAUGGUACGCAGCUUGCGCGGGAGAGUGUCAAGUCUGGAAAGGCUUGGUUGGCUUUGGAGACUUUCAGAGAUGCUGGGAGGAAGGCUGCUGGGCUCGGGAACUUUAGUGAUGUGGGCGGUCAAGAGGAGCUGAGGAAGGAAAAUAGAUAG